AUGAAUCUUAAUUUUGAUAUGUUAGCAUCACCAAAUUUUAUUUUUGGUAUUUAUGAUGAUAAUACAGUAACACCAGUAAGUGUUAUACCUGGUAGUCAUCGAAUAACACGUUCAUGUAUUGAUUAUUUUGAACCAAACCGUUUAUCAUGGGAUUAUACGAAUUUUAGUGGUCGAAAUGAUUAUGGUCCAUUUGUUGCUGAAGGUAUUGUUUGUGAAGAUCUAUUUGCUUGCACUGGUGGUAUUAAAAGUCAAGAACAACGUGAUCGAUAUUUAAAAAUGUUAGGUUUAAUAUUAUGUGAAAUGGUAAAUGCAGAUCUUGAUCUGUGUUACCAUAAAAAAUGGCUUAUUUCCAUAUGUUCGAUAUUUAAUAUAUAUUAA